AUGAUUGCUCGCGAUAUCGUCAAGCUACUUGCAGUCUAUAAAAUUUUGAAGGAGGUUGGACUGGCCUAUGCCACAUGUUCACCAGAGGAACAAGUCGCCCUCAUUGAGCAGGCUAAUGGACUCAUCACGGACAUUUGCAACGACCACGUUUUUGCAGCAGAGGCCUACAUCCAAGAUCCCAGUUUAAGAGAAUCUCUUGCCCGCAAAAUUGAGGCUCAGUGCCAGGAGCUCAUUGAAUAUAUUCUGGCGGCCAAACGCUUCAAUCUCGAAAUCAACUCAAGAGCCAAAGACCGCGUCAUUAGCUUUGGCGAGAAACUGGCUUGUUUAUACAUGACGGUUCUCCUGCAGGAUGUUGGAGUUGAUGCAGAAUAUGUUGAUUUAUGCGACAUUCUACACUAUGAUGCUUCGGCACCUGUGGAUUCCAGCUUUUACAAGGCUGUCUCUGCUGCUUUCGCGAGGAAACUUGACGCAUGCGGCACUCGGGUACCCGUCGUGACGGGCUUUUUCGGCAACGUUCCCGGCAGUCUUAUUGAUGGCGAUAUCGGACGCGGGUACACGGAUUUGUGUGCAGGGUUGUGUGCAGUUGGCCUCAAGGCGGAGGAACUUCAGAUUUGGAAAGAAGUUGAUGGCAUCUUUACGGCAGAUCCAUCCAAGGUUCCAACAGCACGGCUUUUGUCAUCGAUUACGCCGUCCGAGGCUGCCGAAUUGACGUUCUACGGGUCAGAGGUUAUUCACCACCUUACUAUGGAUCAGGUCAUCCGCGCUCAGCCCCCUAUACCUAUCCGCAUCAAGAAUGUCAAGAAUCCACGUGGCAACGGUACCAUUGUAGUUCCUAAUCCCGUUCUUUCGGCAAGUCACCAGCUGCUUCGCAGUUCUCCGUCAGAGGCACAGUCUGUUAAGACUCCUAAGCGACCUACAGCUGUUACCAUCAAGGAUCACAUCAGCGUCAUAAACGUUCACUCCAACAAGCGCUCCAUCUCACACGGUUUUUUUGCUCGGGUCUUCUCCAUUCUCGACAAGUAUGCCAUCUCAGUCGAUCUUAUCUCCACGUCCGAGGUUCAUGUCUCGCUGGCGAUUCACUCUGGUAGCACACGCGUUGACAACUUUGCCAAUGCGAAGCAGAGCCUGGCUGAAUGCGGCGAAGUCAGUGUCUUGUCUAACAUGGCGAUUCUCAGUCUUGUUGGCGCGGAUAUGAAGAAUAUGAUUGGUGUUGCUGGCAAAAUGUUCUCUACGCUCGGUGAGCAUAACGUCAACUUGGAAAUGAUAUCUCAAGGUAAGCAACUGUCUGGUGUACUCCGACAUUUACGGUCCGUGCUGUGA